AGAGGUGGAUGCAUGCAGGCCAGAAUCACUUUAGCCCUGCACACGUCUCAAACUGUAGCCAUAGUGAACUGGAAGAAAGAGAGAAAUAAAUGUUUUAAAAAGAAAAUACAACGUUUAGGACUAAUUCAAAGGGCAGAUUGAUUAACUUUGUUUUGUUUUUGGCUGAGAGUGAAUACUGUCCUGCUUCUUCUUCUCUACCUGGCUCGGUGGCUUCACCUGCCGUCACCUGUCCCACUUUGGGCAUUUCCAAAAGAGGAUGUAAGACUGAGGUCUUACCAACGGAGGUCAUGGAGGACUGGGGGGUCUCAGAGUUGCUCAGCGGAUAAGGAAGCCAUCCGGGGGGCCUCCGUGUCUGGCCGUCUGAAUCCAAUCUAUCCACCCAUCAUAUGCUGACCUCCGAUGCCCUGCGGUGAAUUAGAGGCGACACCAUGGUCAUCUUACAACAGGGGGACUACGUGUGGUUGGACCUGAAGACGGGUCGGGAGUUUGAUGUCCCGGUGGGAGCCGUGGUCAAACUGUGCGAAUCGGGACAGACCCAGGUCCUGGAUGACGAGAACAGCGAACACUGGAUCUCGCCACAGAAUGCUGCCAACUUCAAGCCCAUGCACCCCACCUCCAUCCAUGGGGUGGAGGACAUGAUCCGGCUUGGAGACCUCAACGAAGCCGGCAUCCUCCGGAACCUGCUCAUCCGCUACCAAGAGCACGUCAUCUACACGUUUACAGGCUCCAUCUUGGUGGCGGUCAACCCCUACCAGCUGCUGCCCAUCUACACCCCCGACCAGAUCCGCCUGUACACCAACAAGAAGAUCGGGGAGCUGCCGCCGCACAUCUUCGCCAUCGCCGACAACUGCUACUUCAACAUGCAGCGCAACAAGAAGGACCAGUGCUGCAUUAUAAGUGGGGAGUCGGGAGCUGGGAAAACGGAGAGCACUAAGCUGAUCCUCCAGUUCCUGGCCGCCAUCAGCGGACAACACUCCUGGAUAGAGCAGCAGGUCCUGGAGGCCACCCCCAUCCUAGAAGCAUUUGGCAACGCCAAGACCAUUCGCAACGACAACUCGAGCCGCUUCGGGAAGUACAUAGACAUCCACUUCAACAAGCGGGGGGCUAUCGAGGGGGCCAAGAUAGAGCAGUACCUGCUGGAGAAGUCCCGGGUCUGCCGGCAGGCUCCUGACGAGAGGAACUACCACGUCUUCUACUGCAUGCUGAAGGGAAUGCCCCCUGAGCUGAAGACCAAGCUGGGCCUCGGCCAGGCUACCGACUACUCUUACCUCACCAUGGGGAACUGCACACAAUGCGAAGGCCGGGACGACCUGAACGACUACUCAAGCAUCCAGUCGGCCAUGAAGGUGCUCAUGUUCACUGAGACGGAGAACUGGGAGAUCUCUAAGCUGCUCGCCGCCAUCCUACACAUGGGGAACCUGGGAUUUGACGCCCGCACCUAUGACAACCUGGACGCCUGCGUGGUGGUGCGAUCCCCUGACCUGAUGACCGCUGCCUCGCUGAUGGAGGUGGAUCCCAAGGACGUGAUGGUGUGUCUGACCACACGCACCCUCAUCACACGUGGAGAGAGCGUUGCCACACCCCUAAAUGUGGAGCAGGGACUAGAUGUCAGGAACGCCUUUGUCAAGGGGAUUUACGGCAGGCUGUUCGUCUGGAUCGUGGACAAGAUCAAUGCUGCUAUCUACAGGCCCACGUCCUGUGAGACCAAGAUCCAGACCAGGUCCAUCGGACUGCUGGACAUCUUUGGUUUCGAGAACUUCUUUGUCAACAGUUUUGAACAGCUAUGCAUCAACUUUGCCAACGAGAACCUGCAACAGUUCUUCGUACGACACGUCUUCAAGCUGGAGCAGCAGGAGUACAACCUGGAGGACAUCAGCUGGCAGCACAUCGAGUUCACAGACAACCAGGACGCCCUGGACAUGAUCGCCAACAAACCCAUGAACAUCAUCUCCCUCAUCGACGAGGAGAGCAAGUUCCCAAAGGGAACGGAUGGCACAAUGUUAUUCAAGCUGAACUCCCAGCACAAGCUCAACCCUAAUUAUAUCCAGCCCAAGAACAGCUACGAGACCCAGUUUGGAAUCCAGCACUUUGCCGGGGUGGUGAACUACGAGACCAAAGGAUUCCUGGAGAAAAACAGAGACAGCCUGCACACAGACAUCAUUCAGCUGGUGCACUCCUCCAAGAACAAGUUCAUCAAGCAGAUCUUUCAGGCCGACGUUGCCAUGGGCGUUGAGACCAGGAAGCGCUCUCCCACCCUGAGCAGCCAGUUCAAGCGCUCCCUGGAGAUGCUCAUGCGCACACUCAACCUGUGCCAGCCCUUCUUCGUCCGCUGCAUCAAACCCAACGAGUUAAAGAAACCUAUGCUGUUCGACCGAGGGCUGUGCGUGCGUCAGCUUCGCUACUCUGGCAUGAUGGAGACCAUACGGAUCCGGAGAGCGGGCUACCCCAUUCGCUACACCUUCGCAGAGUUUGUGGAGCGCUACCGCGUCCUGAUGCCCGGCAUCAAGCCGGCACACAUGCAGGAGGACCUGCGUGGAUUGUGCCAGGAGAGGGUCUGGGCCAUGUUGGGGGAACAUGGCGACUGGCAGAUAGGCAAGACCAAGAUCUUCCUCAAGGACCACCAUGACAUGCAUCUGGAGAUUGAGAGGGACAAAGCCAUCACAAACAAGGCCGUUCUCAUCCAGAAGUCAGUGCGUGGGCUCAGAGAGCGAACCCACUUCCUGCGUGUGAGGAGGGCCGUGACAGUGAUCCAGAAGAUGUGGAGGGGGUAUUGCUGCCGCAAGAAUUACCGAACUAUGAAGGUGGGCUUCCUGCGCCUCCAGGCGCUGUACCGCGCCCGGACGCUGUGCCGGAGCUACCGGGCGACGCGCCGCUGCGUGGCCCUGCUCCAGGCGCGUUGCCGUGGCUACCUGGUGCGGCAGACCUUCUGCAGGCGUCACCGUGCCGUGCUGACCCUCCAGGCCUACACGCGGGGGAUGAUCGCCAGGCGGCUCUGUCACCGGCUGCGGGCGGAGCGCCUGCGCUGCCUGGACGCCGAGCACCAGCGGCUGGCGGAGGAGGAGCAGCUGAGGAGCCAGAUGACCACGCAGCGGGCCAGGGAGGAGGCGCAGCGCAUGCACCAGGAGCGCAUGGAGCUGCUGGCCCGCCAGCGGCAGGAGGCGGAGCAGGAGGAGCGGGAGGAGGCGCGCCGCAAGAAGGAGCUGGUGGCGCUGCUGGAGCGCAAGCGCGAGCAGCCCGUCGACCACUCGGACCUGGUGGACCGCAUGUUCGGUUUCCUGGGCAACGGCGGCCCGCUGCCCAACCAGGAGGGCCGGGGCCCGGCCGGGUUCGAGGAUCUGGAGGCCCCGCCCCAGGGGGAGGAGUCGGCGCAGGAGCCACUGAACGAAGCCCCGCCCCUGCCCGAGGAGGAUGAUGAGGAUCUGUCUGAGUACAAGUUCUCCAAGUUCUCCGCCACUUACUUUCAGGGCGUGUCCUCACACACCUACAUCCGGCGUCCGCUCAAACAGCCCCUGCUCUUCCACGAGGACGAAGGAGACCAGCUGGCGGCCAUGGCGGUGUGGAUCACGGUGCUGCGGUUCAUGGGGGACCUGCCGGAGCCCAAGUGUCCCGUCACCAUCCACGACGGCAGCGAGAAGAUCCCCGUCAUGACCAAGAUCUACGAGACCCUGGGCAAGAGGACCUACAAGAGAGAGCUGCAGGAGCUGCAGGUGGAGGGGGAGAACAGCCCCAUCGACAGCCUGAAAAGGAACAGCGUCCGACAUAAACUUGUUUCGCUCACUCUGAAGAGGAAGUCAAAGAUCGCAGAAGAGGUCACCAGGCGUUUGACUGACGGCGACUACAGCCUACAGGGUAACAGCAUGCUGGAGGAGCGGCCCACCUCCAACCUGGAGAAGCUGCACUUCAUCAUUGGCAAUGGCAUCCUAAGGCCCGCCCUCAGGGAUGAGAUCUACUGUCAGAUCUGCAAGCAGCUGACGCAGAACCCCUCCAAGAGCAGCCACGCCCGCGGGUGGAUCCUGCUCUCCCUCUGCGUGGGCUGCUUCGCCCCGUCUGAGAAGUUUGUCAAGUAUCUAAGGACGUUCAUCAACAGCGGCCCGCCCGGCUACGCUCCGUACUGCGAGGAAAGAUUGAGGAGGACGUUUGUCAACCGCACCAGGACGCAGCCUCCGUCCUGGCUGGAGCUGCAGGCCACCAAGUCCAAGAAGCCCAUCAUGUGUCCGGUCACUUUCAUGGACAGCACCACCAAGACCCUGCUCACGGACUCGGCCACCACCGCCAGCGAGCUGUGCAACGCGCUGGCCGACAAGAUCAACCUGAGGGACCGCUUCGGUUUCUCUCUCUACAUCGCGCUGUUCGACAAGGUGUCCUCUCUGGGCAGCGGCAGCGACCACGUGAUGGACGCCGUGUCCCAGUGCGAGCAGUACGCCAAGGAGCAGGGCGCCCAGGAGAGGAACGCCCCCUGGAGGCUGUUCUUCCGCAAGGAGAUCUUCAGCCCCUGGCACGACCCGGCCGAGGACGGCGUGGCCACCAACCUCAUCUACCAGCAGGUGGUCCGCGGGGUCAAGUUUGGAGAGUACCGCUGCGAGGGGGAGGAGGACUUGGCAGAGUUGGCUGCCCAGCAGUACUACGUGGACUACGGCCCGGAGGUCCUGCAGGACCGCCUGCUGGGUCUCAUCCCCUCCUACAUCCCCGACCGGGAGAUCACCUCCACCAAGACCCCCGAGAAGUGGGCUGCCUGGAUCCUCGCCGCCCACAAGAAGGGCUUGUAUACCAAGAAGCGGUUGGACCCACAGAAGGUUAAAGAAGACGUCGUGGACUUUGCUCGAUUCAAGUGGCCUUUGCUCUUUUCACGCUUCUACGAGGCCUUCAAAUUCUCAGGGCCCAGCCUGCCCAAGAACGACGUGAUCGUGGCGGUGAACUGGACCGGCGUCUACUUUGUGGACGAGCAGGAGCAGGUCCUUCUUGAGCUGUCCUUCCCAGAAAUCACUGCUGUGUCAAGUAGCAGGGGCGGUAAGCUCCAGGGCCAGAGCUUCACCCUGGCCACCAUCAAAGGGGACGAGUACACGUUUACCUCCAACAACGCCGAGGACAUUCGCGACCUGGUGGUGGAGUUUUUGGAUGGCCUUCGCAAGAGGUCCAAAUAUGUGGUGGCCCUGCUGGACUGCCCCAACCCAGCCGGGCCGGACGCCGCCUUCCUGAGCUUCUCCAAGGGCGACCUGAUCCUGUUGGAGGAGCACGACGGCGAGCACGUGCUGAACUCGGGCUGGGCCUACGGCGCCAACGACCGCACCAAGCAGAGGGGCGACUUCCCCGCCGACUACGUCUACGUGCUGCCCACCGUCACCCGGCCGCAGUACGACAUCGUGGCCCUGGUCACCAUGACGCCGGACCAGAGGAGAGAGUCCAUCAGCAUGACCCAGCUGUCUGAGGCGGAGCACCUGGACAAGGUCAAGCCCUACACGCUGGAGGAGUUCUCCUACGACUACUUCAGACCCCCUCCUAAGAGCACUCUUAGCAGGGUGAUGAUCCCCAAGGCGCGGGGGAAGGAGCGUCUCUGGAGCUGUACCCGGGAGCCCCUCAAACAGCCCCUGCUCAAGAAGGUGCUGGCCCACGACGAGCUCUCACAGGAGGCCUGCCUGGCUUUCAUCUCUGUGAUGAAGUACAUGGGCGACUACCCGUCCAAACGCUCGCGCUCCGUCAACGAGCUGACCGACCAGAUCUUCGAGGGCGCGCUGAAGACCGAGGUGCUCAAGGAUGAGAUCUUCUGCCAGAUCCUCAGACAGCUCACCGACAACAACGUCAAGUACAGCGAGGAGAAGGGCUGGGAGCUGCUUUGGCUCUGUACCGGCCUGUUCCCCCCCAGCAACGUCCUGCUGCCUCACGUCCACAAGUUCCUGCAGGCCAAGAAGCACCACCCCCUGGCCCCAGACUGCAUGCAGCGCCUGCAGAAGGCCUUGCGGAACGGAUCCAGGAAGUACCCCCCUCACCUGGUGGAGGUGGAGGCCAUCCAACAUAAAACAACUCAGAUCUUCCACAAGGUCUACUUCCCGGACGAUUCAGACGAGGUGUUUGAGGUGGAGUCGAGCACCAAGGCAAAGGAUUUCUGUCACAACAUAUCAGGACGGCUGAUGCUGAAAUCCUCUGAGGGAUUCAGCCUCUUUGUAAAGAUCACUGACAAGGUCAUCAGUGUGCCAGAUGGGGACUUCUUCUUUGACUUUGUGAGACACCUGACCGACUGGAUCAAAAAAGCCAGACAAGCAAAAGAUGGUGUAGUGCCUUCACUGACCUACCAGGUGUUCUUCAUGAAGAAGCUCUGGACCAACAUGGUGCCGGGAAAGGAUGCCAUGGCCGACUCUGUCUUCCAUUACUACCAAGAGCUGCCCAAGUACCUGCGGGGCUACCACCGGUGCUCGCGGGACGAGGUGCACCAGCUGGCCGCGCUCAUCUACAGGGUGAAGUACGAAGACGACAAGUCCCACUUCGCCAACCUCCCCAAAGUCCUCAAAGAGCUGCUUCCCCAGGACCAGAUGAGGCUGCUGCAGCCCGAGGAGUGGAAGAGGGCCAUCAUGGCAUUGUUUAACAAGCUCUCUGGGAAGACUCGGGAAGAGUCCAAACUCUCCUUCCUUAAAAUCAUCUACAAGUGGCCUACCUUCGGCUCAGCCUUCUUUGAAGUCAAGCAAACCACAGAUCCAAAUUACCCAGAGACCCUCCUGAUAGCCAUCAACAAACACGGGGUCAGUCUCAUCGAUCCAAAGUCAAAGGACAUUCUGAUCACGCACCCCUUCACCAAGAUCUCCAACUGGAGCAGUGGAAACACCUACUUCCACAUCACCAUCGGCAACCUGGUCCGCGGCAGCAAGUUACUGUGUGAAACCUCCCUGGGCUACAAGAUGGACGACCUCCUGACCUCUUACAUCAGUCAGAUGCUAACAACCAUGACCAAACAGCACAGUUCCCGUGGCAACAGCAAGUAGAAUCAUGUGCGCGGAGCACCCGAUCUAUCCGCUGCUCUGUGGCGUCUCUGCCUCUGCCUCCGGUGUCAUCACUACGUCCUUCCCGAUCCCAACCUCGGGCACCGUGGGGGGCACGCACACAGAGACCCACUGGACACAUGGCGUGUCUGCUCAGUGAGACGACAGCAACAUCUUGAUGGCUGUUUUUUUUUUUUUAACUGUGCUGCUGCAAAGUUUCACAGCAGACGCGAGUCCUGUCUGAAAACAAAAAAAGUAGAAGAAGAAAGAUAAUCACCUCCUGCCUUUCAUUUGAAUCUUUUCGUUCCCGUAAAGGACCACAAUAAAGAGAGGUGCAUGCUGGGAUGCUUUACAGGGCGGGGGCGGCUGGCCGGUCGCUCUGCCUCUUUGCUGCCUUGUCACAGCAGACAGAGAGUUGAACUGAUGGAGAGUAAAACAUGAGGGCGUUUGUUUGAGUACCAAAGCUGGCAACCAUCAGUGGUCCCCCAGUGUUUUUAAAAUGAAGUUUUGGGGAUGAAGGUUAAUUUAGGAUUUCCUAUUUCAUUGGACUUUAUAAUCUAAACACAAUGUACCUACCCAGCAUACUGAAAUGAGGUGACAGGAGUGUGGCCAAGGGUAAUACUUAUGUUAUGUAUCUGUGCUGAUUAGGUUGAUGGCGAAAAACAUAUCAAAAGCUUUGCGUUUUGAGAUCAGAGGCUUGUGCUGACUACAUAGGACGCUCAAUUAAUUGGCUCAUUUUAAUCUAGAACACUUUGUCCGGUAACUCAUAUUGACGGAACAGAGCCAGUGGCGGCAGUAUCUUACUUUGCCUUACAAUGCGAAUGGCAUUAUCUCAUCAAGGCGAGUAUGACAUCAUUAGCAACAGGCUCUGUUGCUAAUGACAAUGACUGUUCAACUCAGCCAGGUAGAAUUAUGCUCGAUCUGCUUGGAUGGGUUUGUAGGUUGUUGUUUUUCUGUAAAUGUCAAGCUUUUAACAUAAAUUGGAUAUGUUCUUGUGGGAAUACUGGCAGUUUAGAAUACCAUACAUCUACAUGAAUCUUGUUGUUGAUGCUUUUUUUAAAAUACAAUUAUUUCACCUUGCCAUAAAUAUAUACGUAGUUAUCAAUGCUAUUACUAAUUCAUGUUACUCUUUUCCCAUUGAAAUAGAAAAAUCCAGAUGGUACUAGAUGAUUAUUUAGACAAGGAUUAUAUUUAUUUAUAGGUGCGUAACUAAAUACAGUUAUGUAUAGUGACACUGUCCAAAAAACUAGGUUUCAGGCGUUUAAAACACUCACUUGUGUCUUGGUUGUAUGACCAAAUCUAAGGCAUUGAAUAGCAUUUAGACCAGAAACGUUUUAUCAUUCUAAUGUGUUUUACAAUAAACGCAUCUCAUUCAAGUUGUUCAACAGUUAUAAAAAGAUAGGUAGCAAAAUAGAGCGAUAUUGCGAUAAAGAGAUGGAUAGAAUGAGAGAUGGGAGUUAGUUUACAAUUAGGAAAUGGCUACUCAUGACAAAAUAAGUCUUGUAUUAUACAGAGUGAUUCAGUGGCACAUAAAGCAACCAAUAAAUUCAUAUUCCACAACUAUU